GGUAUCCGAAAGAAGCAAGAAAGAACUAAUUAAUUAAGCUUUUACUUUGGAGAGAAGCUGCAGAGUGAGUAGAAGAGAGAUGGAGUUCCCAGUGAUUAGCAUGGAGAAGCUAAAUGGCGAGGAGAGAGCAGCCACCAUGGAAAAGAUCAAGGAUGCCUGUGAGAACUGGGGCUUCUUUGAGCUGCUGAACCAUGGCAUAUCCCAUGAGUUCUUGGACACCGUAGAGAGGAUGACGAAGGAGCACUACAAGAAAUGCAUGGAGCAAAGGUUCAAGGAAUUGGUGGCAAGCAAAGCCCUUGACGGUGUCCAAACAGAGAUCAAAGACUUGGAUUGGGAGAGCACCUUCCAGUUACGCCAUCUCCCUAAGUCAAACAUUGCUGAGAUCCCCGAUCUCGAUGAUGAAUACAGGAAGGUGAUGAAAGAAUUUGCAUUGAAGUUGGAGAAACUGGCAGAGGAGCUCCUGGACUUGUUAUGUGAGAAUCUUGGACUUGAAAAGGGGUACCUCAAAAGGGCUUUCUAUGGAUCAAACGGUAGUCCAACCUUUGGCACCAAGGUCAGCAAUUAUCCACCAUGCCCCAAACCAGACCUGGUGAAGGGUCUCAGGGCCCACACCGACGCUGGUGGCAUCAUCUUGCUAUUCCAGGAUGACAAAGUCAGCGGCCUCCAGCUUCUCAAGGAUGGCCAGUGGAUUGAUGUGCCCCCGAUGCGCCACUCCAUUGUUGUCAACCUUGGUGACCAACUCGAGGUAAUCACCAAUGGCAAGUAUAAGAGUGUGGAGCACAGAGUGAUUGCUCAAACGGAUGGCACUAGGAUGUCAGUAGCUUCUUUCUAUAACCCUGGAAGUGAAGCAGUUAUCUAUCCAGCACCAGCUUUGGUGGAGAAGGAAGCAGAAGAGAAGAAAAAAGUGUACCCAAAAUUUGUAUUUGAUGACUACAUGAAGCUGUAUGCUGGCCUCAAAUUCCAGGCCAAGGAGCCAAGAUUUGAAGCCAUGAAAGCUGUAGAAACCACUGUCAAUCUGGGUCCAAUUGCAACUGCUUAAUCUUCUUCGAGGAGGAUUUGGAGUCGUAUUAUUUUUAUUUUUUAAGAGUCGUCCAAGGUCUUUCUAGUAGAUUCUGUUGCUUCCAUAAAGAUAUCAGUUUCCUGUAGUACCGAGUGUCAAUUUGUUCCAUGUAGAAAAUUACCAUGAUUACUAUAUUAUAAAUAAACAUUAUUUCACAGAAAUAA